AUGACGUCACGGGACGAACGAGGCACGAAGCACAAUGCACAACACACAACACACAACGCACGAAGCAUCGGUAGAAGUGACCACCAAACACGCUGGAAUGGGAGCUACAAGGAGAGGUUGUUCACGCUAGUCGUCGCCACGAUGUCCAAACGCACGCUCGAUGCCUUCUUCUCACGCGCAGACAGCCCGAAACGCACUCGAACCAACGCCACGUCGUCCGCCAUCCUACCAACAGCACCUGUUGCGGGAUCAAUCCAGACGACAAACCACUCAACAUAUCCAUGGCCAGUCCCUCAUCUCCCCGGCCGUGUCACUGAGGAACUAGAGUUGCAAGUGACAGCCCAAGGCAAAGAGAUCAAAGAUCAGCCGCACCUGGAUCUUCUGUAUUUUCAACCGUUCAUCCCAAGGUCCAUCGAGCGUGAACUCUUCACUUUCCUCCGCUCCGAGCUUUUCUUCUACCGUGUAAAGUAUACCAUCAAGCGUUUUGGUAAGGAGACUCUCAUAAACACCCCGCGCUUCACGACAGUCUUCGGCAUCGAUGAAACAAGCCGAUUCUUUAACGAUGGCACCCAGAUCGUCGAGGCAUCAGAUCUAUCCAAGCCUGUCCGCAAGGAUAAAUACAAGUGCCGACCACGCCCAAUCCCUGAAUGUCUUGACCUCCUUCGUCGCGUGACGGAAGCGAAUACCAACACCAAGUACAAUUUCUGCCUGGUCAAUUACUAUGCCUCUGGAAGCGACAGCAUAUCAUUCCACAGCGACGACGAGCGCUUCCUGGGUCCAGAUCCGGCCAUUGCAUCUUUCACGCUAGGCGCAAAACGGGACUUCCUAAUGAAACACAAGCCUCCGAAGGGACAGGAGCCGAAACCAGAGACCAGGGACAUCAAGAUUCCAUUAGCCAGCGGUGAUAUGGUCCUCAUGCGCGGUCCAACACAAUCCAACUGGCUGCACAGUAUUCCCAAGCGGAAAGGCGGCGAAGCAGAAAAAGGCCGCAUCAACAUCACCCUACGCAGAGCAAUGAUUCCUGCUGGCACCGAGAACUAUUAUCGAUACAACGUCGGUGAAGGCGGCGUGUACAAAUGGGACGAUUCCAAACGGGAAAUGUUGCCCUGGCCUGGAUCAAAUGUCCCGAGCUGA